AUGAACAAGGAGCUCCUCGAGCUCAGAAGCAAAACAUCUGGGGCUGAUUCCCCUGCCGUGCCGCGACAGCAAUCCUCGGCAGCGGUCUCAGACUCGCCUGCCAACGUUGAUCAAGUGGACGCCAAGGAUGACUUCAAUAUCCGUGCGUCGACCAUAUCUUUAGAAGAUAUUCACUUGGGCACCGAGGUUGCAGUGGAGGCCUUCAAAAUCUUCGCCAACAUUUUCCGUCCACAGCUUCCAAUCAUAGGAUCAAUAUCGGUAGACGCCAUGUUGCAUGGGCAACCACUACUGUUCUGGACUGUCAUAAUCAUCAUUGGAUCCCACCGGCCCGAAGCGCGCUUCGUGGAUGUGAACAUGCGAUUCAAGGACGCAUUCACCAGAUAUCUAAACCAGCAGAUCAUGGACGCUCCUCUGCCACUGUACAAGAUACAAGCCAUCGUGUUACUCAGGGUAAGAAUCCAGCUGGUCGUUGCCAAGUUCUCUGCGCUUUUGAACCGAGACACAGAAGAGUCCACCACAGCGUCGCUCAUUCGACUGGUCGAUGCGGAAUUGAGUGCACUGAAGCCGCAAGGUACGCUCCACGAUGAUAAGGAAACACGGAUCGAGCUCGAUAUCCUAGACGCGAAACUGCACAUAUACGCUUUGUUCUUCGCCAAAGCGUCGGAGGGAACGUCAAGACACAUCAUGUUGGCAACUGCCCUGUCAGCCGCCCAGCGGUUCAUACACCUUGCGACGCUCUCGUGGAGGAGCACAGCCGGAGGCCUUUUCAAUGCAGCGGCAGCACAACGCGAGCGCUGCUUACCGAAAAACCACUAUCGUGGAUUUGCAUUCGCCACCAUCAUUCUCCUCAAGUUCUUUUACAGGCAACAGGACGUGGCACCCGAAGAGCGCCAAGGAGCCGCACGUCACAUAGCCCUGGCGCAAGAUCACUUCAGAGGAUGCUCUAUUGACCCGGAAGACGAGUACAGUCGGACUGCCAAAGUCUUCCAAGUCCUCGCCCAGAACUCAACCGGUGAAACGGGCGACAGCAAGCUACGCCUGACCCACAGAAUGGGGGCGUCGAUAGUCUACGAUGCUGUCACGAACGCGAGCGAAGUGCGCGGCGCGGAGGUUAACAUCCAGGAAGAGAAAAUCUUGGAGCCGGUCUCGAAUGAGAUGCAGGCGACCACUGCGCUUCAUGACUGGCAAGCACUUGACCUGACACAAAUGGCACCGAGUCACUUUGGCAUGAAUUUGGAUCUCCUGGACGGCUUUUGGAAUGACCCAUUCAUGAGCAUGGUGAACUUCGACACCAGCGACAUGCACACCUUUUUAUCAUGA